CCCCCGAAAAGCCCAGCUCAACGCCAAAUACAAAAUUUAUGGCCAAAAAAAUCGAAAAAUGUCUACAAAAUUUUCUUCCCAAAAUCCAUUUCACUUCUCUAUCCUCAUCCAAAGAUUGGAUAAUCUCCAAUUGUAGUAAACACCCCAAAACGCUGUCGUUUUCAGCAGUCCGAAAUCAAAACGACGACUCCGCUACUCUAACCGACAUCGACCAAUUCCUCUUUGAAAAUUUCAAAUCGCUUUACACGACAAAAGACGACGUCGUUCAUAGCCAAAACGACAACCCAGAUGUCGUUUUGUUUGAAUCUCCUCGCCUAUUACUUCCGAAUCUCCGUGGGUCCCACCGAUUCUUCGUAAGUACCGGAAUUUCAAGCUCGCUAAUCGAGGAAGCCCGGGCAAGUAUUACCACCACUACUACUACUACUAAUAAUUCAAACGACGUCGUUUUUGAAGAUACGACGUCGUUUUCGUCUUCAACUACUGUCGAUGAUGAUAAUAGCGAUGAAUGGGUAAGGCUUCCAGAUCAAUGCGUCGCCGUUUUGGCCAACUCAGCAAACCCUUGCGAUGAUUUCCGGCGAUCGAUGAAGGAGAUGGUGGAAGAGCAUUUCCGGCGACGGAAGAAGGUUGAGUGGAGUUUCAUGGAGGAGCUUCUGUUCUGUUACCUGAAACUAAACGAUAAAAGAUCGUACAAGUACAUACUCAGUGCCUUCGUGGAUUUGAUCGUCGAUUUGCGUGGAGAUGUGGAACCAGCUCCGUCGAGAUCACGGAAAGUAGUCAUGAAUCCACUUCGAAAUAAGCUGGAGAAGAAAACCCAAAGAGAGAGAGGGAAAUCAGUAACGUAACAACUCGGUCGGUCAUGGAGUUCAGUGUCGAAUUGUUAAAAACAAUAAACUUUAUUUAUUUAUGUUUUUGGAAAUAUUUAAUAUUUAUUUUAA